AUGAGCCAUUUGGCCACUCUUGGACGCCGCUGGAGUCAGAAGAGGGAGAAUGUGCAGGUGACGAAGACCUGCCUGCUCUGCCAUCGGGGCCUCAAGAGGAGAGCAGCUAGGAUUCUACCUUGUCUUCACUUGUUUUGUAAGGCCUGUCUUCCGCAGUUAAUUCAUGGAUACAAUUACACCCCUACAGCGUGGGGAGUUGCCCCCGAAGGUAUCAUCUCCUGUCCCGUGUGCCACCGGAACUGCUUUGCCAGGGAUGUAGUUGAGAAUUUCCUUCCCCAGAACUUCCCAAUGGCACAUCCCACCAUGGCCAGGAGCUGUACUGAAUGUAAAGAGAAGAGAGCGGCCCACAGCCUCUGCACCCACUGCAAUAAAUGGCUGUGCAGUUCCUGCACCGAGGAGCACAGCCACGGCCCGGAGGACGGAGAUCACUACCUGUCCCUGUCGCAGAAGGUCUCACCAGGAGCUGACGGGGGGCCCGGUGACUUCUCCCUGUGCUGUCCCCUGCACAGCCAGGAGGCCCUCAAACUGUUCUGUGAGACCUGCGAUGCCCUCACCUGCCGAAGCUGCCUCCUUCUCGAACACAAAGAGCACAGGUUUAGGCAUCUAGAGGAGGCUUUGCAGAACCAGAGGCUCCUUCUGGAAAAUGUGACGGCUCAAGUGGAGGAGAAGAAAACCGGACUGCAGGCAUCCGCCAAGCAGAUCGAGGACAGGCUGUUUGAAGUGAAACACCUGCACCGGAAAGUGGAAAACCAGAUCAAAAUGGCCAAGAUGGUGCUGAUGAAUGAGCUCAAUAAACAAGCCAAUGGUCUCCUGGAGCAGCUGGAGGGCAUCACCAACGAAAGGAAACACAAGCUGGAGCAGCAGCUUCAAAGCAUCAUGGUCCUAAACCGGCAGUUCGAGCACGUGCAGAACUUCAUCAGCUGGGCCGUAUGCAGCAAGAACAGCAACCCCUUCCUCUUCAGCAAGGAGCUGAUUGUGUUUCAGAUGCAGCGUCUGCUGGAGACCAGCUGCAACACGGAUGCCGGCUCUCCCUGGAAGAUCAGGUUCACCUGGGAACCUUCCUUCUGGACCAAGCAGCUGUCCAGCCUGGGCUGCAUCACCACGGAAGGCGGACCUCCUCCUCCUCCUCUUCCUCCUCCUCCUCCUCCGCCCUCGGACGGCCCGGGUUACGGCAGCGGGCCGGGCCUGCCUCCGGCCUUUUAUCAGGGACACCGCUCCCCCGCCCCCCCUCCGGACCCCCUGACCCACCAGCCGCAGAAAUUGCCCGUCUGCUGCUCCCACUGCCCCGCGGGGCCCCCUGGCCACAAAGGCCAGGCCCCUCAUCCGGGCCUCCACCACAACCACCACCACCACUACCAGCAGCAGCAGCAGCAGCAGCAGCAGCUCGGCUUUCGCCAGGCCUCGGAACCGCAGCAGGCGUCCGCGCAGUACGCCACGCAGGCCGGGGAGAAGGAGCAGGCCUGCAGCCCCCAUCCCCUGAAACUGGCACAGCCUUGGGUAGAGCAGCAGCCCCAUCCGGAGCAGGAGAGCGCGGGCCUGAGGAUGGGGAAGCCUCCCCAGCCCGGCGGCCACCCCGUGUGCGUCGCUCCUCCGCAGGAUGCGCCGCCCGCCCUGCACGGCCCGUCCGUCCAGGUCCAGCUGGCUCACCACCAGAAGCUGAAGUUGAGCCACUUGCCACCACCACAGGCCCCUCCGCCGUCCCCCCUGAGCUCGGCCCAGAUGGACGGCCCCCCGCAGGAGCCGGUCUUGCACCAGAACCUGGAUCUCAUCCACCACAAGUUUGAGCUGGAGGAAAUGCAGAAGGACCUCGAACUCCUUCUCCAGGCUCAGCAGCCCAGCCUGCAGCUCAAUCAGACCAAGCCCCCUCAGCACGUCCAGCAAACCAUCGUCGGCCAGAUCAACUACAUAGUGAGGCAGCCGGCCCCGCUCCCGCCUCAGGCGCCGGAGGAAGUCCAACAGGCUUGUGAUGACCCCAUGGCCUCCGAAGGCCCCAAACCGGUCCUGGCCCUGGACCGGCCUGCGAUGAUCCCCCCGCCCCAAGCUCUAACGGAAGACGUCCCCGUCGGCCUGCACCGCCUGAACGAUGCUGCACGCUGCUCCUCUCCCAACUUGGUGACAAAGCGGUCGGCUUCGAUGAGCAUCUUGGGGUUCUCCGGCCCCUUGGAGCGGGAGCUGUCAUCCCCGCGGCCCGCCCGGUCGCUGGAGCCUCAGAUCCAGAGCGUGACCAGCCUGUCGGCCGGCCGCCACCAGCACUCGCCGUUCGCCUCUGAGGUCCGGCCCGACCUGCUGCCUGCCUACGGCCCCGCGCUCGCCCGAGCUCCGGCCAUCCUGCACCCGGGAGGGGGAAGCGAGCUUCCGCCCGUGGCGGAUGGACUUCUCGGGAAUUCCCAGUGCAAGAUGGAAAGCCAGAAUUUCAGCCCCAUUAGUGACGCCUCGGGGCCCGACCCGGUGGCCAGCUGUCUGGACAUUCAGGAUGGAUCGGAUCUCCCGGCGCAGAAGAUGCUAGACGAGCCGAUCAACCUCUCGGUCAAAAAGCCACCGCGGGCCGAGUCGCCUACAGCCCCGAUCGCCCUGCCUCCCGUGGCGCUCAAGCAGCUCUGGGAUCCAGAAGAUUGCGGGAAAGCUGAGCAGGAAUCAUUUGACAUCGACCCCAAGAGAAAUCAGAGCAUCAGGGCUUAUGCCAAGGAGCUGAAAGUCCCUUACGUGCGCCUGGAGCGGCUGAAAAUCUGUUCCGCCGCCGCCCCGUCAGGAGAGCUGCCCGUCUUCAAAUUGCAGCCCCAGAACGGGCAGCAGGAUGGAACGUUUCUGCUGAUCAUUGAGUGCGGCGCUCAGUCCUCCACCAUGGCCAUCAAGGUCAACCAAGACAGUGGACCAGAGCCCGUGAAACCCCAGCCCGAUGAUUCCGAAGAGAGGAAGGUCCUGACGGGUCUCUUCGGCGGGCAGAGGCCCCCCGGGUUCGAGGACGUAUACCCCGGGGAACCCAGGCUCGGCCCCGGGAACCCCGGGGGCAAGAGGCCGCCCCUGGACCAGGAGUCCGACCCCAUCGAGAACGAGGACUUCUGCGCUGUCUGCCUCAACGGCGGGGAGCUGCUCUGCUGUGACCACUGCCCCAAAGUGUACCACCUCUCCUGCCACGUGCCGGCCCUGCUCAGCUUCCCAGUGGGGGAGUGGGUAUGUGCCCUCUGCCGCAACCUGACCAGGCCCGAGGUGGAGUACGACUGUGACAACACCCGCUACAGCCGCGCCGCCCACCAGGACGGGACCCUGCGGGGCCUGAACGACUACGACCAGAAGAAAUGCGAAAAGCUGGUACUGUCUCUGUGCUGCAGCAGCCUCAGCCUCCCGUUCCACGAGCCCGUCAGCCCCCUGGCUCGGCAUUACUACCAGAUCAUCAAACGGCCGAUGGACCUGUCCAUUAUCCGGAGAAAGCUCCAGAAGAAGGACAUCGCCCACUACUCCUCUCCGGAGGAAGUAGUGGCCGACGUGCGGCUCAUGUUCUGGAACUGCGCCAAGUUUAAUUACCCAGAUUCGGAGGUGGCCGAGGCCGGCCGCUGCCUGGAGGUGUUCUUCGAGGGCUGGCUGAAGGAAAUCUACCCCGAGAAGCUGUUUGCUCUGCCCCUGCAGGAAGAUUCCGACUCGGAGGAUUUGGAGCGAGGAGCUCCUCGGCCGUUCCAGUGGCCGGCGUACGGGCAGGAGAGCGUCCAGCCCAAGAGGAGACGCCGCCAGGCCGAGAGCGAGAGAGCCAAGAGGAUGUCAUUUCGGCUGGGGAACAGUUUUCCUCAGGUGUGACAGCCCGGAGCCCUCCAAGAGCGGAUCACCAAAACAAAGGACACUGAUGACGGGGUGGGCGACUGUGUGGGGGGUUGUGAGGGAGAGAGGGAGAGAGGUGAAAGAGAACAGGGUAGGUGCCCCCGGUUGGGGGGUAGCAGUUCUCUCCACCCCUGCUUCCCAGCCUCUUGCCUAGCCCUGCUGGAAAGCUGGCAAAUGAGAGGCCAUGCCCUAGCCGAGCUCUGUGCCCCUCUCUAAUGGUGCCACUGGUGUCCUAAAACGAGGGGGAUAAAGUUCUCCCUCUCCAUUGUAGCAGAUUGCGGUUGGUACAAUCCUGUUCUCCCCUUCCAGAACCUGCCUCCAUCAGAGGUGGGCAGCCAUUCCGACGCCCCCGGCGAAUUCGGCCUUUUAGAGGGAGCCGGCCGCUCAACCACGGGGGCCCAAGGCAUGACGUGUCCAACCUCCGAAUGUGCAUGUGAGGCAUGAGCGUGUGUAACGCUGUGCACGCUCACGUGUGUGUGUGCGUGUGUGUGUCUAUGUGUGAGUUUAGAAGGGGAAGAGAGCAACUGGCAUGUGGUAGUUUCCAUAUUACAGGUCCAGGAUACCCAAAGAUGGUCAUUCAUUCUUUUAAUUGUAUUUAUUGAGCGCUUACCAUGGGCACAGCAGCAUACAAAGCGCUUGUCCCUCUUCCGCUUUUAUUUUUGUGGUGGGGGGCCGUUUUGCCCCUGAUAUGAAUGCCGGGAACGACACAGAGACUUCAGGGAACCGACUCCUCCUCGGGGUCCAUCAGCUUUCUGCCGACUGCGCCCUUUCCAGAGUUCCCUCGUCUGCUCCAGCAUCUGACCGAAAUCCCGGGAGAGAUGGCAAAUUCUCCUCGGUUUGGGAUGAGAUCAGUUGUGGUCAACGGUCGAGCUCAGCUUUGCCUGCCUUGGGUGACAGGGUAGAGGUUGUUUUGGACAAUGGAUGUGAUUUUCCGUAGAGGUACUUAAGAUUGAAAUACUCCGGCCCGCUCUCUCCACCUCGUGCUGUUUACGAGUUGCUCUCCCGCAAGACAAUCUGAUGGGCUUCCUACAGAGUUCCUACAGAGUGUGGCAAGCCAUCGGAGGAGGU